AUGGAAACGUGGCUAGAAGAAUCUGGAGCCGUAGGCCUGGACGGCCUGGAGGUUGCCGACUUUCCCGUUACAGGGCGGGGCGUAAAAGCGCGGCGGCCCUUCAAGCAAGGCGAGCGGAUUCUCACCAUCCCAAGCGGCCUUCACUGGACCGUCAAACGUGCACAAAACGAUUCACUUCUCGGGCCGGCCCUUUGUUCUGCGCGGCCACCCUUAUCAGUCGAAGUCACCCUGGCCGUACAUAUCCUCUUUGUACGGUCGCGCGAGUCGGGCUAUGAUGGCCUGCGACGCCAUGUGGAGAGGUUGCCUGCGAGCUACUCCUCCAGCAUCUUCUUCACAGAUGACGAACUGGAAGUCUGCGCCGGCGCAUCACUAUACACCAUCACGAAGCAGCUGCUACAACGGAUAGAGGACGACUACAGGGACUUGGUCGUGCGAGUGCUCGUACAGUACCCCGAUCUCUUCCCGCUUGACAAAUUCACCCUUCACCAUUACAAGUGGGCUCUCUGCACCGUGUGGAGCCGUGCGAUGGAUUUCAAGCUGUCUGAUGGGAGUUCAAUACGUCUUUUGGCGCCCUUUGCGGAUAUGCUGAACCACUCGUCCGAGUCGAAGCAGUGUCAUGUGUACGACGCGUCGUCUGGAGACCUGUCUGUCCUUGCGGGAAAGGACUACGAAGCUGGAGACCAGGUCUAUAUUCAGUAUGGGUCUAUUCCCAACCAUCGUCUUUUACGUCUGUAUGGCUUUAUCAUACCCGGCAAUCCAAACGACAACUAUGACCUCGUUCUGGCAACGCAUCCCCUGGCGCCGUUUUUUAAGCAAAAGCAGAAACUCUGGGCAUUAGCUGGACUCGAUUCGACAUGCACCAUCUCCCUUACUCUGACGGAUCCGCUGCCGAAAAAUGUCAUUCGUUAUCUGCGGAUUCAGCGACUAGACGAGUCGGAUCUUGCUUCAAUUGCCCUUCGGCAAGCUGCAGACGAGAAAAUUAGCAACUCCAACGAAGUGCAGGUCCUGCAGUCCCUGGUCGAAUCGAUCGCUAGUCUCCUGGGUAGUUUCGGAACUCGACUGGAGAAGCUGGAAGAGCAACUCGCCACGGGCGUCUACCCUGUUGGAGGAAACGCAUGGGCAGCGGCACACGUUAGCUUGGGCGAACAGCGCGUAUUAAAGUUGGCGAAAAAGAAGGCCGAAAACCUCUUGGCGACGGUGGAAAGCGAAAGUAGCAAAGACGGUUGGUUGCCGGCGCCGGUGCAAUGUGCAAACUGCGAAAAAGGUCCUAGACAGCUGAUGCUGUGCGGGAGGUGCAAAGCCGUCAUGUAUUGCGGGCGAGCGUGUCAGGUGGCUCAUUUCAAAGACCACAAGGCGACCUGCCGGGCUACAGUCUCUCAGAAGGGCUAA